AUGUCAAGAGGAAACAAUGUUGUUUUAUUAAUUAUGUGUUAUGCCGUGCUCGCCAAGGCUCAGUACGAAGGUGAUGGUUGCCAAAAAAAUGGUAUAAGUGGCACCUGUUUACUCCUGAAUAAUUGCCAAGCAGCGAUUAAUGACAUCAAGAAUAGACGGCAGCCGCAGAUAUGCUCCUUCCGAGGCAUGGACCCGAUAGUAUGCUGUGUUGAUUCUGCACCACCCAAGCCCCCGGGAACCACGCCCAGGCCACCUGUGCUCACCACUUCUACUCAAAGGCCAAAGACCACGACGGAAUACGUGCCAGUGAUAUAUGACUACGUGUUCGUCGACCCCAACGCGAAACCUGGUGGAUGUGAACCUAUCGCGGCCAAUUUAACUUCGCCCAGAACUGGUCAGAAGGCGUGGGAUAAAUGCAUCGAGUAUCAGGAGAAGUUGGUGUAUCCCUGCGUGAAGGGAAACUCACUGUCCGGGGAGAACGCUCGCGCGUACCGUUGCAACCACAACGCAGACGACCUCAUUGUUGGCGGAGUCAACGCGGCUCGUGCGGAGUUUCCACACAUGGCUCUGCUCGGGUUCGGCAGUGACGUGAACGCGCUCCAGUGGCUGUGCGGUGGCUCCAUCAUCAGCGAACGUUUCAUUUUGACGGCCGGUCACUGCACCUCUAGCCGAGAAGUAGGUCCAAUUACGUACGCACUGCUGGGCAUCCUGAGCAGGACUGAACACGUGGACAGCAGCCAGCUCUACAAGAUAAAGAGGAUCAUCAAGCAUCCCGACUACAAGCCGCCUAAGAAAUACAACGAUAUCGCCCUGCUGCAAACGGAGGCUGAUAUGAACUUGAACGCUAAUGCGGUGCCGGCGUGUCUGCACGUCGACACGUCGGCUCCUGACGGGCGCGCGUUGGCAUCUGGAUGGGGGGCGACGCAAAACAGAGGCUCCAGCGCGGAUAUCCUCCAGAAGGUGGUCCUGAACAAAUUCUCGGACUCUGAGUGUGCGCAGUUGUUCCCGCCGAACCGCCUCAUGGAGAACGGGUUCGACUCCAGAACACAAAUCUGCUACGGGGACAAGGAUAAGUCGAAGGACACUUGCCAGGGUGACAGUGGCGGUCCACUGCAGCUGAAGAACAAGAAGAUCCACUGCAUGUACACAGUGGUGGGGGUGACGUCGUUCGGCAGGGCUUGCGGGUUCAUCGGGGAGCCGGGGAUAUACACCAAGGUGUCGGCCUAUGUACCCUGGAUAGAGAGCGUUGUAUGGCCUUAG